UCAUGGCGGAUGUUCAACACGGCAACAAUAACCAUGUCCCGGUCCUCUUCUCAUUCUCCGCGUUUUCUCGACCCUCUUCUGUCCCGCUAGGUUCUGGCUAUGAAGUGCUCAUCCAGAAGUUCCUGUCAAUAUACGGAUAUCAAAUCGACAUUCACCGCAAGUUCGUGAUCCAGCUGUUUUCGGACGAGUGGGGUCAAUACAUUGAUUUGCCCAAAGGAUUUGUCAUAUCUGAGAAAUGCAAGCUGCGACUGGUACCUCUGCAAAUAGAUAUUACAACGCUGGGGAACCUGUCCCCCUCCACCACGGUCUUCUUCUGCUGUGACAUGCAGGAGAGGUUCCGACCAGCGAUCAAGUACUUUGGUGACAUCAUCAGUGUGGGCCAACGGCUGCUUCAAGGCGCGCGCAUUUUAGGCAUCCCAGUUAUCGUGUCGGAGCAGUACCCCAAAGGCCUGGGCAGCACGGUGCAGGAGAUGGACCUCACCGGGGCCAAGCUGGUUAUCCCCAAAACCAAGUUCUCCAUGGUGCUCCCGGAGGUGGAGGCCGCCCUGGCAGAGAUUCCCGGGCUGCGUAGCGUUGUCUUAUUCGGAGUGGAGACUCACGUUUGCAUCCAGCAAACAGCCCUGGAUUUGAUUGGCAGGGGUUUGGAGGUGCACAUCGUAGCUGACGCCACAUCGUCCCGGAGCAUGAUGGACAGAAUGUUUGCAUUGGAGCGCCUGGCCCGCACUGGAAUCACCAUCACCACCAGCGAGGCGGUCCUGCUGCAGCUGGUGGCAGACAAAGACCACCCCAAAUUCAAAGAGGUUCAGAACAUCAUCAAAGCCAGCGCCCCGGAGUCGGGCCUGCUGUCCAAGGUCUGACGUCACAUCACGGGUCAGGCAGAGCCGGGGGGGCGGGGAGGGGGGAUGCGGAUCCAUCCACUGUCUGAGGGGAAACCUACAUAAUUCGGUCACAGGUAGUUUAGGACAGUCUCCCAGCAUAGGGAGAAGGUUGUCAUCUGGCACAUAUUUACUUUUUCAUUUGUGGAAUUGGCUUGUAAUGCGUUCCCCCACCCACCCCUUUCCUCACUGGUUCAGCUGUAGGACGCUCACCUUUGACGUUGAGUUUUGAUGUUUUUGACAUUCAUGUUGAAUAAAUGAAAAUGUUUAGAAUACUAAAUAUCACAACCAACUGUAUGCUGCUGUUAAUUAAUGUCCCAUAUACCAUAUACACACACACGUCAAAAUCAGUUGAGAACUUGGUUUGAGAGGGUAGUUAUUUUUCUGUAGAAUUGAUUUACCUUAAUUGCUCUUAAUUUACACAAAGGGAAAAUACACAUGUACACACGCGUACACACACACACAGACACAUACACACAUACAUAAACAUGUUGGCAUUUUUUAUUUAAUGCUUCAUGUAGCUUUCCUACACUCUGUAUUAACCCAAUGUUGUUCUGGUCAAUGGAGAUUAUAAGAUUAUGAUUAUUGUAAACAUAUUGGUAUAUAUUAGGGGUUGAUGGUCGUUUGCACUGCAUUUCUAGCUCGUAGUCACUGUACUGGCUGGUUACUGUGUUUGUCACAUGGUGCAUUGUAAGUAUGAUAUAUUCUAAUUUUCGACAGCUCAAAAUGGUCCCACGUGACUUGCACAUCCAGUCUAUUGUUCUUCUUCUAAAGAUGAUUAUACAUGCUGUGCUUAUAUAAAUGAAAAUGUGUCCCUCCUAAUAUAUUAAACCUACUCCCUCACCACCACCACCCCCCCCCACAAAUUUUGAGGAUUGAUUACCCCAGCCCUUAUUUGAAUUAAUAUGGAUGUUUAAUUGGGUGUUUGAUUAGACAUUCAAUCCUAGUGUAACAAUGGCUUUUCCUGAUUCAAGAAGGUUAUGCUAAUUCAUCUAUAAAACAGAGCUGUUUAUUAUUACACUUAGCAAGCACUAGCUGAAUGAAUUAAUGCACAAGCUAGCACAUUCUAUGCCUCUAGCCACAGGAUAUGGUCAGAAUGACUUUAUCUGGGGAAUAGUUGCACCGUAUUUUCAUAGCUCACCCUUUUUUGUACGGUACUGUUACUGUAAGACAAAUAAAUGUCCACAUGCACUGCCUGGACUGACUUUGAGAACAGGAGCCCAACCGCCCAUUUUUGAAUGUUAACAAAUCACAUGCUUUACAGGAAUGUGUGCACACGCAGGUUUCGAAUGACAACGCUGGCAUGAGCCCCAAAGAAUAUUCAAGGCCUCUGUUCAAAACUACCACCGUUUACUUUCUCCCUAACUUUGAGUAAAACAUCACAACAAAUCUUCCCUUUUUCCAUAGUUACUAGUGUUAGGAAGAGUGAGGCUGCAUGAAUCCCUUAAUAGGUGGAGCCACCAUGUGUUGUCAGUCACCGAUUGGUAUUAACCAAUCAAGUGUUUUCUCUGCACAGCAAAGCACUAUGAUUCGACCAAAUUAGUGAGUCAUUGAUAACAUGAUAUCUCCACCCACUCUGGGGUUCAUGUAGCCUCACUGUCAUAUCUCUCAUUUACAGAUCAUCUUGGGCUUUGAGGUUUUGAAAUUAAUUUUAAAGGCGUUGUGUGUGAAUUUAUUAAAAACAAAUAAACUGGCAAUUUUGUAAUUUUUCAUUUAAAGACCAUGCACACUGGUUACUUUGAAUGGAGGCCUGAGGCUCUGUUGGCAGAUACACAAAGCAUACAGUGCCAGAAGUCUGGCUUGGUGUUUCCAGCGUGGCUUGUGAGAGCACAUCAUUUCAACCAGCCUCCAGUGAAGUAAAGCUGCGUUUCGGUGUGAUAGCGAUGUUUUGAAGAAAAAAAUGGUGCCUAUAUUUAAUUGUCCAAACUGAUUGUAAAGCAGCUCUUGAAGGUACUUUUUUUGUUGUGAAGUUUUAGGCUUGUGCACUUUGUAAACUCUGUUAGAAAACCACAGACACCUUUGUUUUUUUGUAUCGGCUGACUUAAAUAAAUGUUUGUAUGU